AUGGUCUUCACCGCUCCAUCGGAUCUGUCUGGCGGACUUUACUUUCUGAAUGGAAAGCGUACUACUGUAGAAGCUUCGGAGACUUUUGAUGUCAUUGAGCCAAGAAUUGGAAAAGUGGUUGCUCAGUGUCCAAAAGCCACUGCUCAAAUCGUGGAUGAGUACGUCAAAGUCGCCUCUGCUGCUCAACCAGCAUGGGGUGAGACCACGGCUUUGGAUCGUGGAAAGGUCCUUCACAAGGUUGCCGAUUUGAUCAGGGAACACGCUGAAGAACUCGCUGUCUGGGAAGUCAAAACCAAUGGAAAGCCAAUCUACGAGGCUCGUUGCGACAUUGCCUCUUCCGCCGACACUUUUGAUUUCUUCGGAGGAAUCGCCACCGCCGUUCUUCAAGGAGAUUCCCUUGAACUUCCCGGUGGACCAUCCCAACGCAUCGCCUACACCCGUCGUGAGCCAUACGGAGUCAUCGGAUGCAUCGGAGCAUGGAACUACCCAUUCCAAACUUGUGUCUGGAAAGUGGCUCCAGCUCUUGCCGCUGGAAAUUCGGUUGUCUAUAAGCCAUCUCCAUUUGCACCAGCUUCCCCAGUUCUCCUUGGAGAGAUCUUGACUGCUGCUGGCGUCCCUGAUGGAGUUUACAAUGUGAUUCAAGGAGAAGGAGAAGCUGGAAUCGCACUUUGCGAGCAUCAAUUAGUUGCCAAGGUCUCUUUCACUGGAUCCGUGGCUUCAGGAGAAGCAGUUCAAAGACAAUCUGCCACCAAGAAUGUGAAGCCUGUGACCCUGGAGCUUGGAGGAAAAUCCGAGCUUAUCAUUUUCGAUGAUUCCAAUGUCCAAAGUGCAGUGGCCGCUGCUAUGUUGGCAAACUUCUUGAAUCAAGGACAAGUUUGCACAAAUGCCACAAGAGUUUUUGUCCAACGGGGCAUUCUUGCAUCAUUCACAGAGGCUAUUGUCAAGGAGGCCAAUGAGAAGUUGAAGGUUGGAGAUCCACUCCUUGAGGACACUCGCGUGGGAGCCAAUAUCAAUGAGGGACACCUUCAAAGAAUUUUGGGAUACGUGGAAAGUGCCAAACAGGAAGGAGGAGUUGUUCUUCGUGGAGGAGAACGUGUUCAUCCGGAAGGAGUUGAAGGCGGAGCCUAUUUCGAUCCAGCUAUUAUCACUGGGCUCACUGAUGAGGCUAAGGCGGUUCGAGAGGAAAUCUUUGGAGCUUGCAUGCUGAUUCUUCCAUUUGACACGGAAGAGGAAGUUAUCGCUAGAGCGAAUAAUACCACUUAUGGGUUGGCGGCUGGCGUUUUUUCUGGAAACCUUGCUCGCGGCCACCGUGUUGCUGCUCGCCUCCAAGCUGGUACAGUCUUCAUCAACACUUAUAAUGACACUGAAGUGAACGUUCCAUUCGGAGGAUUUAAGAAUUCUGGACACGGACGUGAGAACUGUAUCGACACUCUUCGUGCUCACACUCAGACCAAGGCCAUCUAUGUCAAUGUUCAGGACACCACUGAGCACUGCUUCUGA